AUGGACAACAAACUGCUCUUCGGGGUGAGCACGGAAAAAUUAAAAAUAUUGGGCUCCAAUAAACCGAUUGCAGAGGCUGAUAUUGAGGAAACCAACGCGAUGGUGGGCGAUAUGAACCUCAAUGCUAUCACGGAUGAAGAGGUUGCUGAACAUGUCAACCAAGAUGUGCAACGCCAAGACAUCUUUGAGCAGCUGGUAUUCGCACACAAUCGUAAUGCAACUGAAAUAGCGGCAUUUGGUGCAGCCAUGAAGGUCGGCGUUGAGAGCGAACUUCAUGUCAUAAAAUAUUCUCGAAAUAUGGAUGAGUCACAAUUCAUACGAGAAGCAAUGGUCGAUCUGGGUAUACCAGUUAUACUCUUAAACGAGCUGAGCAAGGACUUUUUAAAGCAGCAUUUCAGCGCUGCCUUAAUGGUGGUGGUGUACAUAGAAGAGUCGCUUGCAGCACAGACUGCUUUACUCAGAGCGCUGGUGGCUAGUUUGAAGCAUCGGACACAAUCGAAAGUACUAUUUUUAAUAAAUACUGAGAGCGCAAAGGCAACCUGUGAUGACGCGUUUCUGCGGCAGCUCUUUCAAUUUUGUUGGCGGAGUAAAAUGAUAAAUGUGGUGGCGCUAUGCAGCGACUACAAGGUAGGACUCUUUGUGGCUGAUAGGCGUAUUUUGAUUUUGCUCUCAUUGUGGUGUCAAAAAUUCUUUCAGGUAACCGCCCGCUUCUUCAGCUACAACCACUUUCCCGACUUUACGCUGGAGCACAAGUCUUUCAGGCCAGAUCUUCUCCACCACGGUCCCAUCUAUCCACAACGUCUCGGCGAUCUACAGGGCUACAAAUUAUCCUUUAUAAUGGGUGGCUCUGAUCCACGCCUUAUUGUCUACAAUUAUAAUGGUGCCAGAAUAUUAGGCGGCUUUGCUGGCCACUUUCUCACUACCUUUGCAAGCAAGCGUAAUUGCACGCUUUACGAACCGCUGCCCGCGCCCUCGAAUACACGUUUUGCGCCUGCGCGAGAUUUGAUUGCCGCAGUGCGUAAUGGCACCGUUGAAAUUUCAAUUGGGCUCACUUUUCCGCAGCGUCUUUCAUUUGACGGCUUCACUUAUCCCUACGAGCACGUCAAUUGGUGCGUUUGGUCACCGAUAGAGCCAGAUAUACCUAAUUAUGAAUUCUUUUGGAUCGUUUUCGAAGGUUUAACCUUCGUUCUGACGUUGGCUAUAAUCUUUGUUAUUUCACUUGUACUAAGUUGUGCGCUCUGGCAACAUGGCAAAAAACCGGACACACUGCGUUUCUUCAUUCAUGAUGCAUGUCUACGCGGUGUAUUGGGUCAAUCUUUUCGAGAGAUACAGCGUGCUCCCUUCGUCGUACGCUUUAUUUAUCUACAAAUCUAUGCACUCGGCAUUUUGCUUACCACUUCGUACAAUGCAUACUUUGCCACAUAUUGGACGAGUGCACCGAAGGAACCCACUUUUCGCACUUUCGAUGAUAUUCUCGCCUCAAGCAAGAAAGUUUAUAUGUUUGCUCCAGAGUACAAGGAGUUAUUCGAUCGCACCGAGGAUUUGCGAAAAUAUACGCCAAUGGUUCAGGUAGAAAGCGAUUAUCAUCGAUAUCUAAGCACUCGUGAUGCAUUCGAUACGAAGUAUAUCUACAUGAUACCAACAACCAAGUGGAACAUCUUUAGGGAACAACAAAAGGUUUUCACCACUCCGCUUUUCCGUAUGCGCCACGAUUUGUGUCUCUAUCAUAAUAUUCCGUUGGGAUUUCCCAUACACAGUAAUUCGAUAUUUUCGCAGAAGCUAAAUGAAAUGAUUUUAGAGACUACUGAGUUUGGUCUCGUCGAAUAUUGGUCACAGAUUUCGUUUCUGGAUUUGAUCAGAGCAGGUCGUUUGAAAUUUGUAGACUUGAGUCGGAAAAAUGAAUUCCGUCCAAUGAAGGUAGAGGACUUAAAAUUGGUCUGGAUAGGUUUUGGCGUUGUGUGCGUGGCGACGGUUUUCGUCUUUCUCACAGAGAAAUGCUGCGAUUAUCGAUGCAAGCGUAAAACUACCGAGCGCUGA